AUGGCCUUGUCACCUAGUCAGAGGCUCCUCAGAUCUCUGUACCAAAUUGUUGUCAACAAUGUCCUGGUUACCAUUGCCGUUUCACUCACUACUGCUGUCAUCCUUGUGGCUGCACAGUUUGGUUUCAGUGAGCACAUUUUCCCUCUCCAUGCCCUUCGACCCAUCUACUUGUUGCUAACUGCCUUGCUACCAGCAGCUGCAUUUACCUUGUACCUUGUGAACCGCUCCCACGAUGUAUAUCUAGUCGACUAUGCCUGCUUCAAGCCAAAUAUUAACUGCCGUGUUCCCCUGGCUGCAUUCAAAGAGCACAUGAUGCACCUCAGGCCAUUCCUUGAUGACCGCAGCGUCCACUUCCUAACACGUAUGAUUGAUCGCUCUGGCCUCGGCGACGAGACUUCCUUUCCGCCUUGCCUCUUUUACAUACCUCCGAGCUUUGGUUUUAGUCAAGCCCAUGCUGAAGCUGAGUUAAUCCUGUUUUCAACAAUUGAUGACCUGUUCCGUAAGACAUGCAUCAACCCAUCUUCCAUCGAUGUACUGGUUGUUAACUGCACCUUAUUUACCCCAACACCAUCCUACAGUGACAUGAUCAUAAACAGAUACAAGCUUCGCAGCGGUAUCCGCAGUGUGCACCUCUCUGGUAUGGGGUGCAGUGCGAGUCUCAUUUCCGUGGGGCUGGCCAAGAACCUGCUGCAGAUCACUCCACAUGCCUCGUAUGCAUUAGUUGUCUCUGCGGAGUCGACGUCGACCCACAUAUAUCAAGGGAGGAAACGAGAAAUGCAUCUGCCCACCGUCCUAUUCCGCAUGGGUGGCGCCGCUGCAUUGUUAUCAAAUUCAAGGAAGAAUAAUAAGGCGCGAUUCCGGCUCAAACACCUUCAGCGGAUGAUUACCACCAGCGAAAGUGCUUAUCGGUGUGUCAUGAUGGACGAAGAUGACGAGGGAAACUUGGGAGCCCACCUUUCCAAGGACCUUAUCACUGUUUCUGGUGAGGCGUUGAGAACCAGUAUCACUUCCAUUGCGCCCCUUAUUCUCCCACUAUCAGAGAAGCUACGGUUUUUGCUUUCCUGCAUAUCGAGGAAGGUUGUCAACGGCAAGGAGGUGCCACUGUAUGUCCCAAACUUCUGCGUGGCGAUAGAGCACUUCUGCAUUCAUCCCGGUGGACCAGCGGUGAUUGAUGCUGUCCAAGAUAGCCUCCGUCUAUCUGGUAGCCAUGCCGAGCCGUCACGAAUGACGCUUCAUCGUUUCGGGAACACAUCAAGCAGCUCUUUGUGGUACGAGCUAGCAUACAUUGAGGCCAAAGGUAGGAUGCAUAAGUGUGAUCGAGUAUUGAUGAUUGCCUUCGGUUCAGGGUACAAGUGCAACAUCGCUGUGUGGGAGUGUAUCCAACCAUCCCACAGUGCUGAUGAGUCAUGGGCCAAGUGCAUCCACCGGUAUCCAGUGAAAGCAUGCUCAAACAAAAUAACUACUAAGCCCCACGUUGGCUGAGGACAUGCAAUGCCCCCAAACCACACUCCUACGAAAAUGCAUGUCUCUUUUAUUAUUAGUUUCAAAAAAAAAUAAUGCAUGUCUUUUAUUGUUAUAUAAAGUAAAGAUAAAGAUUGCAUGUCCCAGAACUGUAUCUUAUUACUUUGCACCCGUAUAAUAAAGA